CUUCUAUUCCGUCAACAACCAUUUGUACCAUUUGAAUAAUUAUUAUUAAUUUGUAGCUACAGAAAUAACAUAAGAAUGGAAAUUACCUGAGAAAUAUGAAAGUAUUUGACAAUGUAAUUAGAAGUGAGUUGAAACCAAGGAGUAAAAGAGCAAAGGAAAAAAGAAUUUGCAAACAACAAGGAUAUUUACUUUUACUGAAAAAUGAAGGAAGAUUUCAAGUGUAUUCAUUGUCCCCGAAAAGUAUGGAAAUGGAUAUUUCAUUUAUUCACCUUUAUUCUUUGUAUCAUUUUACUUGUCUAUCGAACAUCUGAAUGGUUAAAAAGUUAUAAUUUAUUAAUUGAUCAUAAAGUCAGUGGAUUAACUGAUUAUUUUCAAAUAUCCAAUUUAAACAAAUUGAAAAUUAACAAUAAUGAUUAUGAUAAGAAUAAUUUGAUAAGUAAUAAUAUAGGGAAUCAACAAAAUGCUACAAUAAUCCUAUGUAAUAUUAAUCCAAUUAGACUUUCAAAUCUAUUUACAUUGCCUAACGGGAGUGAUAUUUAUACACAUCUGAUCACAAAAUAUGGCAAAAUUGAAAUCUCAAAUCUGCUGGAUGAAACAGAUCUUACACAAGAUCAAAUCAAAGAAAUGGCGCAUCCUAUUUCAUCUACUCUGAAAAGUUGCCAAUAUGGUGAUGAUCAAUGUUCAACUGUGGAUUUUGUUCCAAUAUUCACGUCACAUGGAUGGUGCUAUCAGUAUAAUUUGAAUUAUUCCAGAACUGCAGAAUUAAAGUUAAUUUUGGAUCCACAAGAAUAUGAUUACAUAAUACCAAAUAAAGGAUAUGUAGGAUUUUAUCUGAUUGUACAAAAUGGGAAUUGUAUCAAUCAACAGUCAGGUGAUCUUAGCGACUAUGAUCAGUCAGUUAUUAUUGGUCCAAAGUUUCAUUCAUUUAUCAACAUACAACAACAAAAUUCUUUCGAAAAGGGAAAUCAGUUGGGAUCAAAUAACGAAGAUCUAUGCUCAACAUUUCAUAUACAAUCAGUUGUUCAAUUAGAGAAGUUACCUAUUCAGAUACACUUGUUACAAAAGUUCAAUGUUAAUUUGUUUAGACGGAAUGGUACUGCAGUUCAACUGGGUAUCCUGUAUCAGCAGAAAGCCUUUCUACAAAUUUAUAAUCGUACAGCUUACAAUCUAAUAAAAGAUUUGUCUAAAGAGUUAUAUAUUGCAAAGAAAUUGGCGUCUUUCGCUUCAGAGCAUGUAUGGAAAAUGUACAAGUACUUGGAACGUUUUAAUCGACAAUCAGAUCAGACGAAAUUAUCUCAAAAUUAUAAAUGUUAUACACAAGUAUACAAUCUAUUGACAUCACUUGGAAAAGAUGUCUUGUCAAAAAACACUUUAUUGACGCCUUCUGAUGAAGGUGAAGAAGAUCGAAACAGUCAAACGUUGGAUACUACAGAGUUACAGUUGAUAAACAGCUUCUUUGAAACAAAAGUUAUUGUAUCACCGAGUUCCACUUUAUUACGCAAAAUUCUUACUGUGGUUAUGAAGUUUCGUUACCUCCUAUCAAAUAUGAGCUUAAUUUCAACAACUUAUCAAAGGAAUACCUCACUAUUGUCUACCACUGAUCUACUUAUUGAAAAUCCACAAUUAUCAACAGUUACAACAAUGAAUUGUAGUCAUUUGAUCACAUAUCAUGAAGUACAGAUAAGUAAAGGUGGAGAAGCAGCAAGUGCUGCAUUGACACGUUUAGAUCAUGUCAAUACAGAAUUGCAUAACUUAAUCAGAAAUAAUCAUUUAGCACGUUUAAUAUUCCCAAAAUCUACUUAUCCUUAUACAGAGUUAUCUACAUCUAGUAUGGUCAGUAUGAGUAUACGACUGUCAAAAUUCGAAAUUCCUCAGUUCUAUGGAACUUCAACGUUGUAUGCAGACAUGUAUCUGAAAAAUUUACUGCUCACUAUAUUUAUAAGUACACUUAGUUUGUACUUGGCGCUAUUUAUAAUAGUAGAAUUUUGUACAGUUAAACAAACAAUACCAACCAAUCAUAUUUGUACAAAAUAUUGUCAGCCAACCAAUCAGAAACAAGAACAAUAUUAUCAUAGUAUUCACCAUGAUACAUGCAUACCAGCACAUCAAUGCAAUCAGUUAACAUCAUUUGAAUUAUUAUCAUCGAAUAAUUAUCAAACAUGUGAUUAUCAUCAGUAUUACAGUGGUAGUAGCAGCAGAAAUGACGGUAAUUAUUUAAAGUCUACAGGAUGCAGUCAUCAUAACGACUAUGAAGAUAAUCCUAAAACGAAUAACACAAACAGUUCACCGAAACUUUUAACUACUCAUGAAUAUGGGCAUAACAAUGUACACAAUUACACAGUUAAUCAAGUACAUCCAUGUCAAAAUAAAGCAUCAACCUUUCAUACAUCAAGUGUGAUAUAUGAAUGUGAUAAUUCCUGUCAUAGAAAAGCAUGCAUGAAUGAUACUAGUGAGAAGCAUAUACCAAUUUUUCCAACCCACGGACGAAAGUUAUCAGUUGAAAAUUUGGAAACAAUAAACGAUUCGAAUCUAGCGACAGCAUUUCUUCUCACACCAAAAAUAACGCAUACACUAAAUCCUACUACAUCAUCUUCGAAAUAUUAUCUUCAUCAUCCAGCCAACUUUCGAUGGAAUAUAAUAAAUCAAAUUCAGUGACUGAUCCGUUGAACGAGGAUUUAUCCUCUAUAACUCAGCUCAGGAUUAUAAACUGUCAAUACUUUCCUGAACGAUUGAAAGAAAGUAACUUGAUAAUCUUCCUCACCAUGGAUACAGGAAAAAAGGAAUCUGUCAUUAAAGACGUAAAACAAUGACUUACAUUUAUUUUGAUACUAAUUGAUGAAUUAAUAAAGAAAUCUUGUACAUACUAGUAAUUAUUUACAGAUCAGUUUGUUUACAUUUUAUUAAAUAAAUAAACUGCUCAAAUCAGUUGAAUAAUUUCUGCACUAAACGAUUUGCUACUCAUGAUUAGCAUAAUUCUGUUCUUGUAAUUUUCAGUCAGGCAAAUUAGUUAUCAGAUGACAAGCGCGGAUAAUAAAUAUCUUUAGAUUACAUUGGCAUUUAGUAAGGCGAAUUAACCGAUAAAACGCACAUUCUAGAUGAAAUUUCAAUAUGCAACAACAGGAUUAAAAAGAUGGUCUUGACUGUUUCAACAGAACUGGAUCAUACGCAAAAUAUAAUUGCACCACUCUCUGAGGUGACCUGACAAAUCCCACUUAGGAAGACAUACAAGUUCUAAAUUCUACUGUAAGCCACUACCAAGUGAGUCAUAACAUUAUGAGCAUUUAG